UAUUUACUGUGUAUGUGAGAGAGAAUGAUGCCGCUCCUGCUGCAUCUAACGUUCGAAUGUUGCUGGUGUUGAAAAGAAAAAACACGGAGUUUUUGUUGUUGUAUUGCUCUACGGUAGCCUAGCGUUGGAUAUUUUUUUUGUAUCUAUAGGUUCGUGUUUUUGGGUUGCAUUUCCAAGCGAUGGUGGCAGCAGAAGCAACAUUUCAGCUGGUGUUUAUGGAAGACUUCCCAGUUUUGCAGAGUUGCACGUUGCGAAUGCAAGACUGGAUGUAGCUGAUUGGAGUAGCGAAAUUGGUGAUCACACAGCCGAGUGGGAGGAGGGGAGAUUCUGAAGUGGGUUUUUCUGUGUGUGACUCUCCAGCGGCCAUGUUAUCCAAGAAGCCGUACGCUGCCGUCUACCCAACUGGCAAAGGGGGUGAGAUCUGCCAGCUACAGUCUUCCCCCGGAAUCGGAGUCGGGGGUCCCCGGGUCGGAGCAACGACAGACCCGCAAUCGCCCGUCACACUACCACCCCUCAGGAAUAUCAAGUCGCUCACGGUUGGAGGCAAUAAGCACACCAUGAGUGACCACACGCACGUGGGAAACCACCAACAGAUCCACGUUCAACAGCUGUUUGAGGAGAACAGCAACAAACGGACAGUGUUGACUGCACAGCCCAAUGGGUUGACCUCUGUGGGCCGGGCAGGGCUACCGCUGCCUGACCGACAGCAGCCCGACAUCACCACUACCACGGCCCAGUGUCGGCAGGGCAGCUCAGCUUCCCUCAAGUCCACCGACAGCAAGCCUCAGCCGGCCACCCUGACCCCGGAGCAGGCCAUGAAGCAGUUCAUGCCCAAGCUGACGGCCUUCGAGCACCAUGAGAUCUUCAGCUACCCAGAGGUGUAUUUCGCUGGCCCCAACGCCAAGAAGAGGCCGGGGGUGAUCGGGGGGUCCAACAACGGAGGCUACGAUGACGAUCAGGGCUCCUACAUCCAGGUGCCCCACGACCACGUCUCCUACCGCUACGAGGUUCUCAAGGUGAUCGGCAAGGGCAGUUUCGGUCAGGUGGUGAAGGCCUACGACCACAAGGCCCACUGCCAUGUGGCGCUGAAGAUGGUGAGGAAUGAGAAGAGGUUCCACCGCCAGGCGGCGGAGGAGAUCCGGAUCCUGGAGCACCUGAGGAAGCAGGACAAAGACUCCACCAUGAACGUGAUCCACAUGCUGGAGAACUUCACAUUCCGUAACCACAUCUGCAUGACCUUUGAACUCCUCAGCAUGAACCUCUACGAGCUCAUCAAGAAGAACAAGUUCCAGGGCUUCAGCUUGCCGCUCGUCAGGAAGUUCGCCCACUCUAUCCUGCAGUGUCUGGACUCGCUGCACAAGAACCGGAUCAUCCACUGUGACCUGAAGCCAGAGAACAUUCUCCUGAAGCAGCAGGGACGCAGCGGGAUCAAGGUCAUCGACUUUGGCUCCAGCUGCUACGAGCACCAGCGGGUUUACACCUACAUCCAGUCUCGUUUCUACAGAGCUCCCGAGGUCAUCCUGGGGUCACGCUAUGGGAUGCCUAUUGACAUGUGGAGCCUGGGCUGUAUCUUGGCAGAGUUGCUCACCGGGUACCCUCUGGUGCCGGGAGAAGACGAAGGGGAUCAGCUGGCAUGCGUCAUCGAGCUGCUGGGCAUGCCCUCGCAGAAACUUCUGGACUCUUCCAAGAGAGCCAAGAACUUUGUGAGCUCCAAGGGUUACCCCCGGUACUGCGCGGUGACGACCCUGCCGGACGGCUCGGUGGUGCUGAACGGGGGGCGCUCCCGCCGGGGCAAGCUGAGGGGACCGCCGGGGAGCAAGGAGUGGGUGACGGCCUUGAAGGGCUGCGAUGACCCUCUGUUCCUGGACUUCAUCAAGCAGUGUCUGGAGUGGGACCCUGCCGUGCGCAUGACCCCCAGCCAGGCCCUCAGGCACCCCUGGCUCAGGAGGCGCUUGCCCAAACCUCCCACGGGGGACAAAACGGCGGUGAAGCGUAUCACCGACGGGGGCUCUGGUGCUAUCACGUCAAUCUCCAAAUUACCCCCCACCUCGGGCUCCACCUCCAAGAUAAGGACUAACCUGGCACAAAUGACGGACGCUAACGGGAACAUCCAACAGAGGACAGUGUUGCCAAAACUAGUCAGUUGAAGGAACUGUAAACAACGCUAGUUCGUCGUCUAAUCUAGGAUAUCUCUUUCUUACUGGUUUUGGUUUGUUUUUUAAAUGGAGAGAUGAUUGUGUUUCUAUCUCUGAGAGCAAAAACAACCGGGGAAGCCGAACAGUACUAGUCACAGUACUAGUCACAGUACUAGUCACAGUACUAGUCACAGUACUAGUCACAGUACUCAACAGUGUGGUUUUUAGACAGAGGGGUUUAUUCAGCGUUAUUAUUCACUGCAUCAUUGUUUAGCAGCUCUGUAGCAGCUUUUAUCUAAAUAUAAACAAGACAACAACAUGAAAGUGGUCAUCAUGAAGGGAACAAUGCUUUUAGGUGUUUAGUCUCAGGUCUGGGUGCUAUGAUGGGGCUGGUGGCUACCGUUCACACAAUCUGGCCCAAGCAGAGAUGAAUAACCUGGGCAUGAUAGUGGAGAAUAACAGAAUGGGUGGCUGGCCACGAUAAACACAUGUCGAUAACUAACUCAUAUCAGACAGUCUGAAGAUAUUUAGGUUCUGCUUCUCUACCGUGUCUCAUUGAUAUUGUGACAUUAAAUAGCUGUGAGAAAGGUGUUUUUUUUAAUAAGAUAAUAGUAUGAUGAGGGGAGAGG